AUGCUCCUUGUCACUAUCGUGUCCUCCUCCCUUCCAUUCAGGCCCCGAAAGAGUGUCCUUAUACUUGUUCAGCCCUACCGCGCCAUGCUCUCGGGCCUUCCAUCCUUUCUUCUCAGACCCUCGCUGCAUUUAUUGCCACCUGUGAGCAUCCUAUUCGCACACCGCUCGACCGUAUCCGAAUUUGUGCCCUGCUCACAUGACGACUCCAAGAAUUCCAGAGGGCAAGACAUUCACUGGAACCGGAAGUUCAGACGGAGGCUUCAGAACAUCUUGCAAUCUGGCAACUGGGACGAGUCCUUCGGUCGCGUCCGCAUAGUGGAUGUGAGUUUUAAAGGCCAACUUUUUGUUAUUCUUGUUUUUUUGAUUGCUUUCGUUUGUGCCACCUUUCUUGCCAAGAAACAGCCUCUCUGCACUGUCAUACUUCGUGUCUGACAGAACGCGAGUGCUCGCUUGAACGCCCCACUUGCACUUAAUGCGCCUAAGAUUAUACGCAGUCCAGAUGGUCUCCGUAAUGCUGCGACAAUGGGUCGAGAGAACUCCAGCCACUGUUAGAUCAGGCUACUGAAGGUUUAGUAGCAAGUUUCAUGGUCCUAGCCAAGUACUGCGUUUACCGCCGGCAUCUCGAGGUAUGCGCAGCGGCGCCCGAUCAGGGGCAACACCAAACUCAUGAGGCGGACGUCUAAGAACAUGGACAAAACAGGACAGGGCCUUUCUUUCUGACCAUGUCAUUCGAGAAGAGAUCGGUGCACUUCAGCCGAAUGUUAUUUCUCAGGCAACGGUAGUCGAGCACCUUCAGUUUUCACUCAACUUUCACCCACACAGCCCAAAAUUAACAACUGGACGGAGGCUCAGUUCGCGUGCGUAUUUGUGGCAUUGUGUCUGCAGGCAGUUUCGGGAUAUUGGGAAGGUCCUGCGAGCAGCAUCUUUUCGGGAGAAGAUGGCAGAUCUACUCUGCCCAUUUGACAGAAAAUUCGUUCUGAGGUACUCAGACUCUCCACGUCUUCAGGUCGACAGCGACUAACUUCGAGGGGUGCCUUCUUCUGGUCAGGAAUGUUGCUCGAAAACACUUUGUUUUCCCCAGCGUUGGUAAACAAACGGACGGCUUUAACGACUUCGUUCAUCCGUAAGAGUAUUUUACGAAGAUAAUUUCAGGAAAAUGUCAACAGGGCGAGUUGAGUUCAAUCAGCCGACGCCCGGCGGGAAAUUUGGUACUGUCCGAUCCGCGUAGGUCCUUUCGUAGAAUUCAGUCAAAGACUAAGCCGAACAGGAUAAAUGACAGAACGCUAUUUCAUCGGACUUGAGACUGGGAGAGGUUAUUACGGUUCAGAAAUCAUCCAGUGAUGGGACGAUAGCAAGCCAUGACCACAGCGAUAAUGUCUGUCAGCAUACCGUCUGGCUCCAUUAUAUGCCACAGAGACUCAGCGAGUGAAAUCGCACGCUGCGGCGAAGUCAACAAUGCCCAUAAUGCGCCUCAACCAGUAUUUAACAUAAUAUCCACAUGGUAUCUUCUUAGAUGCAUAGAGGAAUAUAUGAUUUUCCUUACACAGAAAGUAUACACCUUGUAGACUGUAGUCGCUCAAAAUUAUUCGGGAAUCAGAAAACCUCGCAACCUAAGUAUACCCUUCCUUUCAGUGUAAAAUGUGAAGACGGCGUGAUUUUCUAGCAAGUGAGUAAAAGAAAGCACGUUCUUGUGCACGUUUUCUAUAAAAUACAUUUGAAUGUAUAAGGUCACAGAAAGUUAAUUAUGAAAAUUGCAUACCAUUUAAGCAAUCAUUUUUGCCGAGUGCAGUGUCUACACACUUGAAUAAAUUGUGUGGUACUGAUAGCUUUUGUGCCAGGUUUUGAGCUAAUAAUGCGAUUGCCUAACUAUCCAUUUGACUCUACUUUUGAAUUUGCACAAAUUUGCAUUCAGCUUCGUGCGGGUAGUGAUGGACGAGAUAUGACGGUCAGGUGGUCAAUGGAUGAGGAGGAUUUUGCUGCAGCGGUCAAUUCACCACAGUUUCAUGAAAUCUGCCACAUCGGAGUGCUUCUAAAUCGCACAGCGCCAACUAUCAGGUAUCUCUUCCGCUUCUGGUUAAUGCAGUCAUAGACAACGUCUUGCCCGAGAGAACGCCUUCAAGAAAGUUCCCUCUCUUACCUUCAUUCACCACUCGCAGCCCAACGUAAGACGCUGUUGGUUUUUGUAGUGCCUAAUUUCAGAUUCUCGAGGGCGGUUGCGAUAGCCUCAGGGAUGAAGAGUGCACGUCUUCUUCCGAAACGAACUCCCUCCCUGUGACACAUACAAUGACCAAACCGACUGAUGUUUAUGGCCUGCCUUGGGACAAGUAUAUGGCCUGCGUCAAAAGGGAGAUGAAGGGUGGCCUGGGCGUGUCUCUAGUGGAAGUGAGUUUGCGAUGUCGAAACAUAAGGCUUCUUGCUGUGCGCACAGAUUACGAAAAGCGCACGCCAUACCAAGUAUUCCCAUUUUCAAAUAAUGAACGCCAGAUAUUUGCACCAAACAAAGUUGUUUUUACCAAAAUUGACUACUCAGCUUACCUGUUAUUUAACAGCGGGACAGCUAAUGCCGUUUUAGCCUACUCGCUCAGUUUGUUUUGUCGGAGUCCUGAAGUCGGGUCGCGAAUGUAUGGCAGUUCUUGUUGGCAUGGCAUAAACGACCCGCUGGCUAGCCUCUUUGGUCUCCUCCUCCUCCUCCUCCUCCUCCUCCUCCUCCUCCUCCUCCACAUAGGGCUGCCAUCACCAGCAUUCUCGUCAGAAUCCUCUUAGCCUCCCGUUCAUGACGACUACCAUUGUGCCUGACGCAUGUAUUACGUGGUUUUGUGUCGUUUGUAAUAAACAUGUCUCCGGUCGGUGUCGGGACUCAAGUGACUGGGUUAUUUCGAAACCAACACGCCAGUCCUUUGUCCCCCCCUCCCCGAGGUACUCUCUUCUGCGACUCAUGACUUCUCCUUUACGUAUUUAUUAUUAGGCGGGUAAGGAACUCGACUUCGAUGCAGGACAGGGCAGAAGUUCCCCUACGCUAUCAGAUCUUACAUCCACCAGCACUCAAGCAGCUACCGUACUUUUCUCCUGUAGAUCCAGCGUAUCCUGCUAUGCCUGAUCACAUCCCCCACUUCUGUUACUUCACUCCCGCUCGUAAUGUUUUUCCCAACCGAUGUCUAGCUUCUUUAAGUGUAGUCAGUGGAAACUGUGCACACUGUUAAGUGCAGGUCACCUUUGAGCCCAUCCACUAAGCCCAGUAGCCUUAUUCGGCAAGGAAUAUGGUGCUGUGCAUGACGCAGUUGCGAAGGGUUAGGUUCACCAGUGCUCCCCCCUUCCCCAGCGUGCCUUCUGAUGCGUGCUCCAGUUUCUCGAUCUUAACUUUUCAGUCUCCUCAGAGACUACUACGCUACCUUGAAACAAAUCCGUCGGCGCAGACCUUUUCAUUUCACACAUUCAUGCUAACAUUAGCUGAAAUUUUGCAGAGGGAUUUUUUGUCCGUUUAGUCUGCGGCAUUGUAGGCAGGUUUAAGAACACCCUAGAAGUCUUGCUGCUCUCCAAACUUGAAGUUUUCCUUCUUGCCCUGGUCUGUUUUAAGGAGUCACUUAGGCCUGAGGCAAAAAGCGAUCCAGAUCGUACCAAGACAGCACGCUGGGCGCGCAUGUGGCGAGAGCAGAAUAGCGCUCGCUUUCAGGCCAGACGUGAAAGGAAGCGCUCCCAUCAGAUGCUCGGCCUUUGGCAACUCACCCGAGAGAUGGAAGCCCUGGAUGGAGACGACGACUGA